UUUCCCCCCGUUUCAGGAUAAGCAUUAAACAACCCAGUGACACUAUAAAUGGUCCUUGCAGUUCCUUUACAUGCUCUCCACGCUAGACACUGCCCAUCCAUGCUUCGAGUUGGUUGCUUGAGAAGUCUCGAAACACGGUCUCUCUGUUUCGAAUUUUAAGAACCGAUUCAUCGGUAGGACCAGUUGUAUAACCCCAACUGAUUCCUAGAGCCUCUGAUCCCCCCAUGGCACCAAAUCGAGAAACCCCGAUGGGCUCGUAUAACCCUGUCGAUAGAGACUGCCAUGGCGAUACUUCCCGUCCAAAACCUCCCAAGCUAUCACUUGAGAAUUUGCAAAGGACCAUAUCUGACAUCUCCACCGAGCUGAACAAAGAAAAGGUGGUGCUUGAUGAUACCGGGAAGCUGCCACCCAUAUCGGAGGUCGAGGAUGCCAAGUGCGAGUGUUGUGGCAUGUCCGAGGAGUGCACGCCCGAGUACAUAAGCCGGGUGCGAGAGGAGUUCUCCAGCAAACUCGUGUGCGGGCUCUGUGCAGAGGCUGUCAGGGAGAGGAUACAGAGAAGGGGAGGGAAAAAUCGGGAAGCUGCCCUAGAAGAGCACAUCAGCGCCUGCCAAAGGUUCAAUCGGAUCGGAAGGGCAUACCCCGUCUUGUCCCAAGCCGAGGCUAUGAGGAAGAUCUUGAAGAAGAGAGUUAACUCCAUGAGCCCCAAAGGCCCCGGCCCAAAGAAGCUGGGUGGUGGCCUAGCUAGAAGCUCCAGUUGUAUCCCGGCCAUCACACAAGAAGUCACUGACCAGAGGAUGGUGGAUUAAGCACAUCGCAAGAACUUGGGCUAGGGUUAGGGUUUGGUCGUACAGCUGUAUGUAUAGACUAAAGUAUGUUGUGGCGGAAAUUAACUUCAGUAAUUAUACACAUGUUUAGCUAGGGCUAUAUGAUCCUCAAAACGCUUCGAGCAUAUCUUCGAGUCAAUGGUAUAUAGAAGUAAAAAAGGAUCGGAGAGAACACCGGUUGUAUUAUGAUAGCACUUCAUGUAUCUUAUAGCUGAUCGCAUUAUAAGAGAGUUAAGUACAGUA